AUGUCAACUUCAAAUACUGGCGCAGCUGUUUCUCGUAUGGUUAGGCCAAUAAUUUCUCAAGAUUUGGUUGAAGCAAAAUUAAAUGUUUUAAAAAUGUAUAAACAAUUUCAACGUGUAGCUAAGCAACAUUGGUGGGAUUAUAAACUUCAAGAUAUUCCGUUGCCUGUAUUCCGUGAAGUUUUGAAAAAAGAAUUUAUGAAAAAUGCUCAUAUACAAGAUGUUAGAAUUAUUGAUAGAAAAGUUGAAGAAGCUCGCCAGCAUCUCGUUGCAUUAAAAUAUUUCUUCUACAAUGAAUACCAUGUGCGUAAUAUGCUCUUUGCUGAGAAUAUUGAGCCUAAACCGAAAGAUUUUCUUUCCAAAUUCUUGCAUGGGAAAGAUUAA